UCCCUACUACAAUCCCAUCGCCCUCUCCCUCUCUCUGUCUCUCCGUAGUAUACUGCCCUCUCCCUCUCUCUCUCUCUCUCUCUCUCUCUCUCUCUCUCUGCAAGUCGCCAUGAACAUUCCAAGCAAAUGCACCACUCAUGCUGGGCGCCACUUUGCGUUUGCAAAGUGAGAUAGGAAGCUGCGACCUGCCCUGCUGCUCCCUUUACUACUACCGUACAAGGACGUGCCUGUGAACUACAAGCUACCUUAGUACGUACGUGCUCGAGCCACUCAGCUGAGCUAGUUCGUGCGUGCUAUUACCAGCUGUUGCGAGGUGGUCAGCGGCAGCCAUGGAGAGGACGCCGGUGAUGGUGAGGCAGGGCGGCCAGGAGGUGCUGAGGCAGCUGCCGCCCGGCUUCCGCUUCCGCCCUACAGACGAGGAGCUGGUUGUGCAGUACCUCCGACGAAAGGCCCUUGGCCUCCCGCUCCCGGCGGCUGUCAUCUCCGACGUCCACAACCUCCACAGCCUCGAUCCCUGGGACAUCUCCGGCGCGAGAGAGGGUGAGAAGUACUACUUUGCGGUCCGGCCGGCCGCCGGUGCCAGGAGGGGUGGCAGGACGCCGACGGCGAGCGGGUGCUGGAAGCCCGCGAGCGCGAGGGAGAGGCCGGUGGUGGUGUCCCGGUGCGGCCGGAACCACCUCGUCGGCGUCAAGAAGUCCAUGGCGUUCGUCCCCCGACGUGCCAAGGGCAACAAGGGCUCCAAGGCGCCGCCGGCCCUAGCGCAGACCGGCUGGGUCAUGCACGAGUACCGCCUCGCCCUGCCGCAUCACCACAAGAAUGGUUGCUGCUUGGGCGAGGCUGGAACCGAAGAGUGGGUAGUGUGUCGGAUCUUCCAAAGGCACAGGUCGUCGUCGUCGUCCAAGGGACAAACUCCGGGCAUCCACGGCACCGACGGGCACCGCACAAUGCCACCGUCGCCAUCAUCGUCGGCGUCGUCGUCGUCUUCCAGCUGCGUCACAGGCGGCGGCAGCUCCUCGGACCUUCAGGAAGAGGUCAGCAGCUGAGAAGCGAAGCAAAGCUGCUGCCUACUGCUUCUCCAAGAGACACUGACUAGCUAGCUUAGCUAGGCAGCUUACGAACCAGGGAAAUGAAUGAUGCGUCCUUUUUCUUGCUCCGACAUUUGUUUUUCUCUCUGUCUCCGUGCCCUCUCGCUUUCUCCGUGUAAUAUGUAAUGCAGUGUGAUGGUAUGAUCGAUGUAGCGAGGAGCAAGUCAGCAACCAGGCAUUGGAUGUUUAGUUGAUUAUAAGAAAGCUUCUUCUGAUUAGUAGCAGAUGUACCAUGCAUAUGUGUAUGUACGUAGCAGAGAUGCAGCAAGCAGGGACCGCUGCAUGCAUGUGUAAUAACUUGUGAGCUGUACGUGAAAUUUCUUCCAAGGAAGAAAAUGAAAAAUGAAAGUCUUUCUCGUUUA